CACGCACUUCGCCAUGGUCUCGCGUGGCGGCGGCAAUGCGCCGAAGGGAUCGGGGCGCGUGCCGGCGGCGGCGCCGCCGCCGCUGGAUACGUGCGGGUGCGGGCCGUCGCCGUUGCCGUCGGAGUUCUUGAACCGCAAGCUGGCGGCGCUGUACCCGGUGAUCCAGGCGUUCAAGAAGACGAUCACCUGCGACCCGCGCGGCGUGACGGCGUCGUGGGUGGGUCCCAACCUCUGCGACAGCCACUUCGGCGGCAUGGCGUACAAGGGCUUCUACUGCGACUACCCGCCGGUGACGGGGGCGCCGCAGGACAACACGACGCUCACCGUCGCGUCCAUCGACUUCAAUGGCUUCGGCCUGUGCGCGCCAAGCAUCGCCGGCUUCGUCGACGCGUUCCCGGACCUCGCGCUCUUCCACGCGAACUCCAACAACCUCUCCGGCGAGGUGCCCGACCUCACCGGCCUCCCCUACUUCUACGAGCUCGACCUCUCGAACAACAACUUCUCCGGCGCGUUCCCGGCCAACGUCGUCCCGCUCGGCGGCCUCCUCUUCCUCGACCUCCGCUUCAACCGCUUCGUCGGCACGGUGCCGCCGCCCAUCUUCGACCUCUCCGUCGUGGCGCUCUUCCUCAACAACAACGGCUUCUACGGCCAGAUCCCGGACAACUUCGGGAGCACCACGGCGGAGUACCUGGUGGUGGCCAACAACCAGUUCACCGGCCCGAUCCCGAGAUCCAUCUACAACACGUCGGCGAACCUCUCGGAGGUGCUCUUCCUCAACAACAAGCUGUCGGGGUGCCUGCCGUACGAGAUCGGGCUGGUGGAGGGGCUCACCGUGUUCGACGCCGGCGGCAACGACAUCACCGGCCCGAUCCCGCUCUCGUUCGGCUGCCUGGGCAAAGUCGAGGAGCUCAACCUCGCCGGGAACCAGCUGUACGGCCACAUCCCCGACGUGCUCUGCAUUCUGGCCAAGACCGGCAAGCUGCAGAACCUGUCGCUCUCGGACAACUACUUCCACUCCGUCGGCCACCAUUGCCUCGAGCUCGCCCGCAGCCGGGUGCUCGACGUGCGCCUCAACUGCAUCCUCAACUUCCCCAACCAGCGGCCGGCGCUCGAGUGCGCCCGCUUCUACGCCGACCCGCCGCAGCACUGCCCCUUCGUGCCGCACAUCCCCUGCGACCUGCCGGGGUUCAGGCCGCCGGUGGCCGCCGCGCUGCCGUCGGCUGUGGCUCACGGCGGCGGUGGCAACUGAGCUGUCGGUCGAUCACCAACUUUGUCAGCGUUUUGUUCGUUCUGAUUGCAUGAUUUCCGACGUCCAACGUUGUAAACUUUAUGGGGUCAAUAAACGGCCUAACCAAUUUGUGCCGUUAACACUCAACCCUCAGCUUGAUGCACUGCUGACAACAGUCUGAUAUCACAUCGUAUUGAAAGGGAUGCAAAAACAUUCUUGCAAUAAACU